AUGUCCCACCGUCCGUCCGACAAUGCUCACCCCCAUGAAUCUUUCCAUACCCCGAUGCAAUCCAUAAAUUUCGCCCCUCCAACCUCUCCCUCCAACCCAGGUAAUCCAUUUCACUUCGGCAGUUCUCCGGUCCAGCAACACCACCUUUCCAACUCUCCUACGGGAGAAUUGCUUGGAAGCAAUAGCCAACAGGGGAAACGCGUUUUUCGCCCCAACCCACUACCACAGAGGCUGGAUGAUGCUCGUGAGAGACGGCGCAACCUUAUACUAGAAAAACUCCAAGCACAACGGGAAAAUAGGGCAAUGCAGGCGAGAGGCGGCGAAGACGAGAUGUUACGCUUAAUAUAUCUAUCGGAGAGAAAUCGAUGGGAGAGCGGCCAGGAACGCGUAGCAGUUGCGAUGUCCUCAUGUAAACCUCCCGCAAGCGAUGAAUAUGAAGCACUUCACAUGGCGGAUACCUAUCCGGCAGGCCACCAAGAUCAGGAUAUGGCAAUGGUCGAGUUAAUGGCAGACGUUGAGGAGCAAGAACUACAAGAAAUUAUCAACUACCAUCAGUCCCCGGAUUUCACACAAAGAAUACAAUCCAACAGGACGUGUCCGGGGUGCAAAAGCGAUGAAAUCUUAGAAUCUCCUACAGAGGCAGUAUGCUUCAAUUGUGGUAUAAGUAUCGACCGCUGA